AUGGACGCUAUUCUGAAGACAUUAUUCUCCUCGGAGGAGCAAGAAGUGUACGUUUUGGAUUGUUUAUCGUACUUGAUUAUGGUUAUGGCAUUCAUAACUUUUGUGACUUUACUCUUUGAGCACGUGCCCUAUGGCAGAUAUGCAUCCAGGAGGUAUGGAUUCCCUGUGAAUGUUCAAUUCGCCUGGUUUGUUAAGGAGCUGCCGGCUUUUCUGGUGCUGAGUUUGGUGCUCUGGAGUCAAUGUGCAAAGAUAAUGCACCUGCCCAACCAGCUACUUCUGCUCAUGUUCAUUUUCCAUUGUUUGCAAAGGUCCCUCAUCUACCCAUUUUUAAUUCGAGGAGGGAAAUCCACACCAUUCAUCUCGUUUGUCCUGGCCUUUGUCUUCUGCAUUUAUAAUGGGUACCUGCAGGCAAGAUACCUGAGUCACUAUGCAGAUUACCCACCUGGUUGGGUUACACAUCCCUGUUUCAUCAUAGGGUCUUGUAUGUGGUUCCUGGGAUGCAUCAUUAAUAUUCACUCUGACCAUAUUCUCAGGAACCUCCGUAAGCCUGGAGAGACAGGCUAUAAGAUACCUAGAGGGGGCAUGUUUGAGUAUGUAUCAGGAGCAAACUUCUUUGGGGAGAUUGUGGAGUGGACUGGAUUUGCUCUGGCUGGUCACUCGGUCCAUAGUGCAGCUUUUGCUCUCUUCACUCUCAUUGUGCUGUCCAGCAGAGGAAUGGCCCACCACAAGUGGUAUCUCACAAAAUUUGAAGACUAUCCUAAAUCAAGGAAAGCUUUAAUACCGUUUGUGCUCUGAUCCUGUGGUAAGCCCAUAUGCCACACUUCCACAGAUACAAUAUUAUGAAAUUUUGCCCAUUAUGAUUGCACAACAAAUAUUUUUAUUAAUGCUUCAUAUUUUAUGGUUUUCAAGGGAAGUGCUAUCAUAAUGUACAGAGACUGGUGCAUCGAGCAUUACACAAUAACAAUAACUCAAUUCUACAAGACAAAUAAUUGAUUUAUAUUAUAUAGCAGCACGCAUAUUUAUGAAGUGCAAAAACAGCAUUACUAUAAGAGAUCAUACAGUGUCUGAGAUGAGAUGAGAUACACAUGGCAGGCAGCUGCUGCCAUAAUCCAGACGUUCCCUAUUAACCACCUCUUCUUCAAGACAGUAACAAAAUAUGGACUUUCUGAUCG